CACUUGUCCCCAAAAAUGGCCGCUGCGUCUCCCGUGCCUCGGUCGGAGUUGAAGCUGGUGCGGCUGCUGACCCGUUGCGAAGCGCUGGCGGCGGAGCGGCGCCACCCGGAGGAGGAAUGGCGGCUGGAGAAGUACGUUGCUGCCCUGGAGGAAAUGCUCCUUGCGUUGAAGAAUCACUCCAGCAAACCCGCGCCAGAGGUGCUGAACGAAUAUUCCCGCAAGGUGGACUUCCUGAAAGGGCUGCUGGAGGCAGAAAAGCUGUCGUCCUCCUCGGAGAAGGCGCUAGCCAACCAGUUCCUGGCCCCUGGGCGCAACCCAACUACGGCUAAGGAGCGUGUCCCGGCCACCAAGACGGUUCACCUACAGGCCAAGGCCCGCUACACUGGCGAGAUGCGGAGCGAGCUGUUUGGCUUGGAAGAUGCGAAGCUGAGGAAACGCACGGGGACUCUUCUCCCCGAUGAGAAGCAGUCGGCAUCUGAGCUGGACGCAGUGCUCCAGCACCACCACAGCUUGCAGGAGAAGCUGGCCGAGGAGAUGCUGCACUUGGCACGCAACCUCAAGAACAACACCUUGGUGGCCCAGAACGUCAUCAAGCAGGACAACCAGACUCUGUCCCAGUCGCUGCGCCUGGCUGACCAGAACUUUGAGAAGCUGAAGGACGAGUCGGAGCGCCUGGAGCAGCAUGCCAAGAAGUCCGUCAACUGGCUCCUGUGGCUGAUGCUCAUCGUGGUCUGUUUCAUCUUCAUCAGCAUGAUCCUCUUCAUCCGCAUCUUCCCCAAGCUUAGAUGACCGGCAGUGGACCACUUCUUUCUCUUUCUGGGUGAGGCAGCCACUUCAUACAGGCCACCUAAAGACCAGGAAGGCGAGGCUAUAUUAUUAUUAUUAUGACAACUAACGGACAAUUUUUAUUUGGGUCAAUGACCAACAUUCAAGCAAACAAUAGAACAUGAAUAAUAAUAAAUAAUAAAUUUUAUUUAUACCUCGCC